AUGGCCUCCUUCCUGGCUGCCUUCUCGACUUCCGGCUGCCUGACCCAGCUGACUUCACUGGACCUCGCGCAUGACGGGGACGCAGGAGCGCUGCUGCUGUCCCCCCUAGGCCGCCUGGCAGCACUCACAAGCCUCCGCUUCACAGGCUGCGCUGACGCGGCCAGCAGCCGCUGGCUGCCACCCGGACUGCGCAAGCUGCACCUGGCAGGCCACGACCACGCCUGGGCCGGGAUUGGCGGCGCGUCAUGGCUGGACUGCGUGGGCGCCUGCACGGGCCUGGAGUCGCUGCAGCUGCUGUGGCUGGAGGCGCGGGACCUGGGCAUCAAGCCUCAUUCGUUCGACGAGCUGUCAGUGUUUUACAACACCCUGAAGCAGCUCACGCGCCUCACAGAACUCACGGGCUCUGCAAAGGAGGAGAGCGUACUUUCAGAGAGCGACGACAGCGAAGAUGACGAGGCAGAGGCCAGGUUUUUUGGCUUCGACUGCGCCAGGCUCCUUGCGGCGGCCCCCCGCCUGCGGCGGCUGGCGUUCUACGUCUUUCAAACGGGCUACUUCGCGCAGCUGCGCCCGGCGGUGCAGGGCUCGCUGAACCGCCUGCGGUCUCACGCCGCUGACCUGGAGGAGUUGGCUGUGUGCGUGCGCGGCUCGACGCCCUCCCCGCUGUCGUUCCCGCGGCUGCACACCCUGCACGCAAGCUUUGACGGCCGCAGAUCAUAUUCUAACAUGCCAAUGCACGCGGUGUUCCCCGCGCUGCGCGUGCUGACGCUGGGCACUGUGUGGGGUGGGUACGAGGGCGUGGUGGCCUGGGAGGCCGUGGCGUCGCUGACCGCGCUCACACGGCUGCGUGUCGUGGCGGGGUUCCCGGAGUAUGGAAUGGAGCUGGAAGGCCGGCUUGACGCCCUGUCGGCGUGCGGCGCUUUGCAGCACCUGCGACUUGACUGCGUCAAAGGGGUCAGCUUUGCGGAGCUGCUAGAGCUCUCGCGUGCGCCACAGCUGCAGAGGAUGGAAGUGGAUGCCUGCACGUUUGACAAGGAGCUCACGCCGGACGUGCUCGAGGUGGCGCUGAAGGCGUGCGCGGGCCGCGAGCGCGCAUUCCAAGUCAUUGCCCGCGCAAGCCAUGCUGAACAGGAGAUGGGCCUGCUUCGCGGUGACGCAUUCCACCCUCUCUUGUCCUAG